AUGUUCCUGACUGCUUUGUACUGCCUGCUGUGGACUUUCCAGACCUCUGCUGGCCAUUUCCCUCGAGCCUGUACCUCCUCUGAGAACCUGAUGGAGAAGGAAUGCUGCCCACCAUGGGAGGGUGACGGGAGUCCCUGUGGCCAGCUUUCAAGCCGGGGUUCCUGUCAGGACAUCAUUCUGUCCAAGGCACCACUUGGACCUCAGUUCCCCUUCUCAGGGGUGGACGACCGGGAGUCUUGGCCCUCCGUCUUUUAUAAUCGGACCUGCCAGUGCUUUGGCAACUUCAUGGGAUUCAAUUGCGGAAAUUGUAAGUUUGGCUUUUGGGGACCCACCUGCACAGAGAGGCGACUUUUAGUGAGAAAAAACAUCUUUGAUUUGAGUGUCCCAGAGAAGAACAAAUUUCUUGCCUACCUCACUUUAGCGAAACAUACUACCAGCCCAGACUAUGUCAUCCCCACAGGCACCUAUGGCCAAAUGAAUAAUGGGUCAACACCUCUGUUUAAUGACAUCAACGUUUAUGACCUCUUUGUCUGGAUGCAUUAUUAUGUGUCAAGGGACGCACUACUUGGGGGCUCUGAAAUCUGGAGAGACAUUGAUUUUGCUCAUGAAGCACCAGGUUUCCUGCCUUGGCAUAGACUCUUCUUGCUGCUGUGGGAAAAAGAAAUCCAAAAGCUGACAAGGGAUGAGAACUUCACUAUUCCAUACUGGGAUUGGCGAGAUGCAGAAAAUUGUGACGUUUGCACAGAUGAGUACAUGGGAGGGCGCAACCCUGCAAACCCUAAUCUACUCAGCCCAGCAUCCUUCUUCUCCUCUUGGCAGGUCAUCUGCAGCCAAUUGGAGGAGUACAACAGCCGUCACGCUUUAUGCAACGGGACGUCCGAGGGACCGAUACUGCGCAAUCCUGGAAACCACGACAAAGCCAGGACCCCAAGGCUCCCCUCCUCAGCUGAUGUGGAAUUUUGCCUGAGUUUGACCCAGUAUGAAUCGGGUUCCAUGGAUAAAGCUGCCAACUUCAGCUUUAGAAAUACACUGGAAGGAUUUGCUAGUCCACUUACUGGGAUAGCAGAUGCCUCACAAAGCAGUAUGCACAAUGCCUUGCACAUCUACAUGAAUGGAACGAUGUCCCAAGUACCGGGAUCUGCCAACGAUCCCAUUUUCCUUCUUCAUCAUGCAUUUGUUGACAGUAUUUUUGAACAGUGGCUUCGAAGACACCAUCCUCUUCAAGAAGUUUAUCCAGAAGCCAACGCACCCAUUGGGCACAACCGGGAAUCCUACAUGGUUCCUUUUAUACCUCUCUACAGAAAUGGUGAUUUCUUUAUUUCAUCCAGAGAUCUGGGUUAUGACUAUAGCUACCUACAAGAUUCAGGACCAGACAGUUUUCAAGAUUACAUUAAACCCUACUUAGAACAAGCAAGUCAGAUCUGGCCAUGGCUCAUUGGGGCAGCCGUGGUAGGGUCUGUCCUCACUGCUGUGCUGGGAGGACUCACUAGCCUGUUGUGUCAUCGAAAGAGAAAGCAGCUUCCUGAAGAAAAGCAACCACUCCUUAUGGACAAGGAGGACCACCACAGCUUGUUGUAUCAAAGCCAGUUAUAA